AUGCUUGCACGCCAGGAUGGGGAGACUGAAUUGGAUGAUCGCUUAAAACUCCAUGAAAAAGGUGAUUCCCUUGUGGCUAUAAAGGACUACUACUACACUGUUAGUAGGAUGGUGAUGAAAUGUGGAAACAUAAGACAAUACAAUUCUGAUUUUGCCGGUUGUAAAACAGAUUUUGAGCGUGUUUGCUUCCUCCUAAAACUCUUUCAGGGCACUUUCAAUUCCCGGGGUAAUUUCCGUUCUUUUUUAUCUAUUCCUAUUGUAAAUUUGACAAUGACACAAAUUACAGAAAAUAGAGAAAAGGAUGAAGAUGAUAGCGAUACUGAUGAUGAUACUGAUGAUGAGGAGGAAGAAGAAGAAGAGAAACCGAAAGGGAUAGAAGUUCUCCCACUGCCCAAAAAGCUCGAAGAUUUAGUUGCAAGCACAGGGAAGGAUGAUGAGUUGUCAAUGCAGUGUCUGCGAAAGGGAUAUGAAUAUCAAGCUAAUAAUGAAAUGAGAACUGCUCUACACUACUUCACCUAUUCUCUCUUUUAUGCGAAAUCAAGGAGUAUGAAGAGGGAGGCAUUUCUUGCAAGAGGCAAUCUGUUUCAGCAGCUACACCACUUUGAUGGCGCUCUCGUCGAUCUUACAAAGGCAGAUAAAUGGAAAGGUGUAUCCCAGAGUUCUAGAUUGCCGAUUUGCUCAUCUCGUGGGCAUAUUCGUGCCUAUAUGCGUUAUUUCGCUCUCUUUUGA